CACAUCGCUUCUCACUGGGUAUGUCUUUUUCUGUCUCAGCUGUUUUAAAGUGCGGUUGUAUGCAUUCUUGAUUUGCAAACAAAACAAUGGAAGCAUUUUUCCAACAGCCUUAAAAUUUUACCAUUUGACGAGUAGUAACAACAAAAAAAUGAAUUUUGAAAUCGAAAAGAAGAUUUUCGACAUUCAUUCCGCUUUUUUAAGCGAGUAUACCCAAGCGACAACUGGCUUAUCGGAUUUCUACAAAGCCAUUACAUCGUUCUUUUCAUCAAUGGCUUGUGGACUGGAAACGCUAUCGAGCGAGCGGGUGGACGAAAACAUUCGCUCAAUUCAAGACGUCUGUUUCUUCUUGAAAACAUUCUGUUCUGAAAUUGAGCUGCACACGCAGCUACUGAAAGCGAAAUCAAAACAAGAAAUCGAUUCGGAAGUAAUUGAAGAUAUGAUGAGCGAUGUCGAUACCGAAUAUCAGAUGCCGGAUAAUCCCAAUGAUAUUUACCCGGUCGAAGUUUAUCCGGAAAUUUUUGAUUACAAAACCAUUGAUCCAUCCAUGUUUGUCGCUGGCGACACAGAUGAAUUUUUCAUUAGUUUUAUCAAGGACGACGCCAGCUUCUUGUUCUUUAUGAUGAAUGCGUCGAGUGCGGACGUUGUCAUCCAGCAACCGGAAUUCCGAUAUGAUAUUAUUCCGUCGAAGGGAACGGUUUUUGGUCUGCUGUUGGAUGGUGUUAUUUUCCGGGCCGUUCGAGAGAAUUCACUGCCGACACGACCAAAAUCAAUCAAAGUUUUCUUGAUCGAUGUGGGUGAAAUUGUCGAAAUCACCAAAGACUACAAAAUGUAUCGGCUGACAGAGGACAUGCAACAGACUCCAGGCCAGUCGAUAUUCUGCAAAUUGAGUGUGAAUGACAACAGUGAAGAUUUGGACGACGAAAACUAUCUUCGGGAUAAGUUGUUCACAAAGCAAGUUAUUCGGAUCAAUCGAGUGUACAAAAAUAUGUUGGAGGUGUCCAUUAUUACACAGGCUCCGGGAUCUUCGCAAGCCAUUUUUCCACGAUCCUCACAAACUGCUCGGCCUCGAUCUUCACAAGCCUUUUUUCCACGAUCUUCACAAGAUUUUCCUCCAGGAUCUUCACAAGCCAGCAACACAAGAUCAACACGGACGCUAUCAUCGUCCAACAGUGAUACAUCGACCACAUUUACUUCACGGAAUACAAAUCUCAAAACUUUAUCCAAUGAAAGGGCUCCAAGCGAGACUAUGCCUCCAUUGGUACGAAACCACGAGAAGCACGGUAGUAACAGCACUGUGAUGAGUGGUAAAAGCACUGUGGUCAGUGGUAGCAGCACUAUGGUCAGUGAUAGCAAAACUGUGGUCAGUGGUAACAGUACUUUGGUCAAUGGUAACAAUUCGCUAACUCAAGAAGAACUUGAUGAACUAUACGAAGAGCCAUUGAAUACGGAGAAUGCCAUGGUGGCAGUGAUGGGAUAUAAUCCACAAGAUGAUCGGCGGAUUUGUAAAUUCACCAUUCCGGAGACGAACACUUGCUUCAAAGGAAGACAUUGUAAAUUGGAGCACACCACCAAGCUGAAAGACGGAUGGACAAAGGAUCAGAGAAUCUUUAAGUCAACAAUUCAUUGUCAGAUGCCGAUGCCGAAAGUCGGAAAGAAAAUCCAAUUGUUCGUCCAGUAUGUGGAUGAUACUGACAAAUUUUACUGUCACAUCGUGCCGAAGAACUGUAAAAGUGCAGACGAACUACCGGCUGAACGUAUUUUCGAGAAACUCAACGAUCCCAAUACGACGGCAAAGUUCAAAAAGUGUGUGGUGCCUCCUGCUGAGUUUGAACUCGUUUUCGCCUUGUUCGAAGACGGCUGGUACCGAGCGAAAAUUGUGCAGAAGUUUUCGGAGGUCGAAUACAGAGUGUUCUUUGUCGAUUACGGUAACUGCCAGAGCAAGCACAUAAACGAUUUACGUCGAUGGGACGAUGCAUUCGAUUGCUAUUCUUUCCAGGCGAUCGAAUGCAAGCUGGACAACAUCAUUAAGUUGAAAAAGAAGGAUGUGAAUGCCGUGGCAUUUUUCGAAAAAUUGGUUUUCCGAAAGGUAGUUACGGCAACUGUUACAUCUAACGCCGGUAUUUUGCUUAUCACCAUGGAAUAUCAGGGCUACGAUGUCGGAGAACAGUUGUGCGCUGCCGGAUUUGCCACAGCAAAGCCAAUAACACGAUUUCCAAGUGGUAUGUUUCCCGGAUGAAAUUGAGCGAGACGCUUCACAAGUUUUCGAAGAGAAAGCAAGCAACUAUGACUGAUAAUCAAAAUGACCCAAACGCAAUAAUGUCCACCGUGAAAUAAAACGUUUUCUUUUGUAUUUUUCCAAA